ACAGUUCCUGUGGAGUUUCCGCUUGCCUGGCGAGGCACAGAAGAUUGACCGGAUGAUGGAGGCGUUUGCUCAGCGUUAUUGUCACUGUAACCCCGGGGUCUUCCAGUCCACAGAUACCUGCUACGUCCUGUCGUUUGCGAUCAUCAUGCUGAACACCAGCCUGCAUAACCCCAACGUUCGGGAUAAACCCACGGCUGAGCGCUUCAUCACCAUGAACCGGGGCAUCAACGAUGGUGGGGACCUGCCAGAGGAUCUGCUGAGGNACCUAUACGACAGCAUCAAGAACGAACCGUUUAAGAUCCCGGAGGACGACGGCAACGACCUGACCCACACUUUCUUCAACCCCGACCGGGAAGGGUGGCUGCUUAAACUCGGUGAGUGGACGGGGGCGUGGGGGUGGGGGAGGGUGACCGUCUCCGUCACCCGCACCCCACCCCUGCCCAGCAGGCUGGGGGGGAACCGGGCGGACAAAGAGCCCAGAGGCAUCAUUCCACUGGAAAACCUCAGUAUCCGUGAAGUUGAGGAUCCAAGGAAACCAAACUGCUUUGAGCUGUACAUUCCCAAUAACCGGGGCCAGCUGAUCAAAGCCUGUAAGACUGAAGCAGACGGCCGCGUGGUCGAGGGAAACCACAUGGUCUACAGGAUCUCAGCCCCGACUCCCGAGGAGAAAGAGGAGUGGAUCAAGUGUAUCGA